CUUUCUUAAUUUUCAAUUUUAUUUCUCAGUUUUUCUCAAGGUUGACAGAGAGGUUUGUGAAUGGGGUGGAUGUAUUAAUGGACACAUUCUGGAGAAUAUGGACUGAUUUGUUAGAUGUUCUUGGAAUUGAUGCCUCCAACUUGACUCAUUAUUUCAGCCCAGCAGCAAUUGCCAACAACCCAACCCGGGCUAUUCUGCUGAUCGGUGCCAUCUUACUCGCCUACUGGUUUUUAUCUCUCUUCCUCGGAUUCUUCUUCUAUCUCCUGCACAUGAUCUUUGGUCGUUUUUUCUGGAUUGCGAGGGUUGCUCUCUUCACCCUCUCGUGCAUUUACAUCCUGCAGAAGUACGAAGGCGACCCGGAACACGCGGUGCUGCCCCUCUGCUUCGUGGUGGCUGUCUACUUCAUGACGGGGCCGGUGGGAUUUUACUGGAGGAGAAACAGCAACAGCAGCCUGGAGGAGAAGAUGGACCACCUCGACAGUCAGAUCAGACUGCUGAACAUACGUCUCUCCAGGGUGAUUGAGAACCUGGACAGAGGCAGUGACCAAUGACCCCACCCCCAUAGACCACCGUACACCAGCUCUAGAAAGUUCCUAAGCACUGUCUCAUUUGAAGUUACAAAGCAACAAAACAUCACAUGGUAAAAAGUGUGCAGAGUUAUAACUUUUCAUCAUGUGUAAGACUAAUUGAUCUAGAUUACACUCUCAGCCAUUAUACUUGUAGGAAAAAGAAUUAAGCCGUAUAUUCAGAGUUUUAUCCAGUACUAGAAUUUUAUCAGUAGAGAAACGCUUACUUUUACAAGCAUUUAAAAACAUCUUUUGUAAAUUUUUUAUAAAAGCAAAUCAAAUAGUCUUUAAAAUACUGAAAUUCAGCUAAACAUAUGCAAAUUUGACACACAAAGUUAAAAUCUAAAGCUACUGAACACUUCUGUUGAGAAGUAACUGCUGUGGGUCCACCCUUUGCUGUUGUUGUUUGUGGAAAGUCACAAAUGUUUUUCUCUUACUGUUGGCUUAUUUCAUUGCCUUGAAGUUGUGUUUCAUAGAAUAUAAAAUAAUUUUCUGGUAUCCAGGCCAAAAAAUUCACGCCCUAGAUUUUAAUAGGAGACGGAGAAUAAGGGAGAAGGAUGAUUUCUUAAGUUUCAGGUCCUUAAAUGCCAGUCCCACGUAAGGAAUUGAGAAGUGCACGUGUAGCUUUAUUUCAUUGCUUUUCCUAUCAGGAACUUAAAUUUUGACAUGCGAAAGGAAAUCUGAUUUAAUUGAUUGACACAAGAGGAAAAGAUGUAGCGUGGCAAUCUGUAAUUCCUAUCUGACCUUCAUAGUGAAGUGUAUUUCAAGCAUCAGUGCAUAGGAUGGAAUACAGCUUUUAAUCUUGGGACCCAUUUACACAAAAGAAGUCAGCGGUUAAACCACUUGCAAAUGCAUUGUUGCUUAAAGCUUUCUCAGGACCAAUAAGUGGCAAUAAAUUACCUUCAGGAAGAUCUGGAUUUCUUUUCUAAAAUCAUAAUUGUUUUGUAGGAGCUUUUAUCCUGAAGUCUGUGUCCUCAAUAUAUUGGGCUUUGGGGAAGCGAGUCUCCUCAUGGACAGGUGUGUCAAACAAAGCAGUGUAGGAGCUUGGAGCAGCUGCAUUUUGAAGGAUUUAUGUAUUCGGUGUAUUCGUAAUCUUGUGAUUAAGUAGCUUGGUAGGUGAGCACUGGUUUUGUACAGUUUGAAAUGUACUGAAACAAAGGUGACCUCAGGGAGGGAAGUCGGUCAGUGGUUUGUAACCGAUGGCGCUUAGUGCUGAGCGCACUGACAGUGCCAGGAGAGGUAAAAAUGGGCCACAGCUGAGGAUCAACGCCUUCCCUAAUUUCUGAAUGAUAGGUUAAGAGAACCCGCAACAGGAACUGGGUCUGCAGCUGGGACUGGCCUAAAAGCAAUGGGAGCAAAUCCACGUGGCUGCUGAGCGGGGCCGGGGCUGCCUGGGCAGGGCCUCGAUGUGCUGCUUUACUGAAUGUAUUGUGGGCUGAAUUGGUUUCUUCCUUUAUGCUGAAGUUUAAUGCUCUUCUGAAAAAGCGUAUUACUUGCCUAAACUCUUUUGGUCUGUCUGUGGCAUUUAUGUGAAUGGUUCUUUUAUAAUCCAUUCUUAUGGCCUUUGUGUCAACCUGCAGUCGCUGAAAUUCAACGUGGUUGAAGUUGACUAUGCAGUUGGCACUGUUGUAAUGCAUUUUAAUUUUUUUUAUUGCAUCUGUAGUUUCCUCUGAGUCUCAUUUUUCGAGAAAUACAUGGUUAGAGUUGCAAAGAAGCUGCUUUUUUAUAACUUAAAAACUUUCCCAUAAACGGAUAAGCACUAUGGAGACAACUAAUCUGCCUUGUAAAGCUGAGCAUUGGAAUGACGGUGUAUUCAUUCGUUACAGCUCAUUUUCUGUAGUAUUGCAGAGUCUUCCCUGUAAGCUCUGGUUUUGCUGCUGUUGUGCACAGAGGACUGAGCUAAGCACCACCGUGGACAUUAGGAAUUGGUUAGCAAAGAUGGUCACGUCUCUUUGUUUUGCUAAAUCUGAGGCCUGAGGACCAAAGUCUGCAAACCUUACUCCAUUGCCUUCAGUAGAACUAUGUGCAUGAGUCAGAUUUGCAUAGAUUGUAUUUUACAUAAUCCAUAUUUAAUGUUGAAGUUAAAAAUGCAGAAUCGUUUAUAUAUUAAGAGCUGUCUAUUAUAAAGAUUUCUUUACAAAUGCUAUAUGAAACUUAAUUUGGAUUAUAGUUUCUCCCUGUGUCUCUAAUCGUUCAUUUUAGUUUUGUAGAAAUCAGCCCUCCUGUAUUAAUUCUCUUAGUUUUGAUUGCCCUGCUGCUUGGAAAAAGUAUUUUUGUAUUUACUUGCAUCCCAUGUAUAGCAAAAUGUUAUGUGAAGAGCAGUAUAUAUAAAAUUGGAUAUUUUUAAUCAGUAUUUUUCCCAGCACUCAGUUUUCACGUUAGUCAAAUUCAGAAGUAAUGAUUUUUUUUAAAGCACAAUCUAGUCUUCAAUAUAUAUACUUAAAAAAUGCUCUGUAUUUUUAAACAUGCACUGUAGUGAAAAUGCUUUUGAGAUAUGAAUGUGGUAUUUAACCUCUUUUGACUUACUUUUGUAAAUACCUUUUACAGAUACUUUCCAUUCCAAGUCAUGUAGUUGACCCACCAAGUGUUGGCUCUGAUUCGUAGACCUCGUUCAGUGACUGGUUGCACUGCUUUGCUAUCGCCAGGCGUGUGAGCAUCUCGGUUAGGCGUGCAGGUACGGGCUGUGGGCACAGCAGAGCCCUGCACACCUGCCUGUGUUGGUGGCACAAGGGCAGGAGGCCCCGGUCUCACAGCUGCCAGCCUGGCUGUAACACAGCACCCGCUGUGGGCUCCACGCCACCAAAUUCCAGGGCGGGUCUUCAGCGUUCUGAGCUCCGUGCUUCGAGACCUGAUGUUUGAGACUGCCGUUGUGUUCUCAGUGCAUUGGCAUUUUUGUUCAAAUGACACUUGUAGGGAUUUCCUUGCAGGUAGGCACCUCACCUGUAGAUAAUCGACCCGUCGUGCACAGGCUGUGACGCUUCUCCAAGUGCUGUUGGGUGUCGGAGUGCCUCGUGUAGCCUGCUGUGGCUCAGUGCUGUGUUAGUGCGUCCUCCAACUCGUGACUCGCUUUUAAGAUGUGUUGCGUAGUGAACGUGGAACAUAGACCAGUGUGUAACCUUAGCUCUUGGUGGUGUACAAGUUUUUAGGUGUGAUUUGCUCACGUACCGAUCUGUAUUUGGCAGCUAAUGACGUGAAUGACCACGAGUUCUCUUUGUCUGGGCUGGAAAACAAAAGGUUUUGUUGUAUCCGCAUGUAUUUUAAACUUUUGGAUAAUUCCACCCAACUGUGAUGACAGCACAUUAAAAAUUGAUCUUUUCUUUUUAA